AUGCAGGGCAGCGCUGGACCAGGCCUGGGGCCUGGCCUGGCCCCUCUGAGCAGGCAGACCCUCCUGGUCUGUAGCUUUCUCCUGGCAGCAGCCUGGGGCCAGAUGAACUUCACAGGAGACCAGGUUCUCCGAGUCCUGGCUAAAAAUGAGAAGCAGCUUUCACUUCUCAGGGACCUGGAGGGCCUGAAACCCCAGAAGGUGGACUUCUGGCGUGGUCCGGCCAGGCCCAGCCUCCCUGUGGAUAUGAGAGUAUCGUUCUCGGCCCUGAAAGAUGUCAAAGACUAUCUGGAUUCUCACGGCCUUGCUUACAGCAUCAUGAUAAAGGACAUCCAGGUGCUGCUGGAUCAGGAGAGAGAGGCUAUGGCCAAGUCCCGCCGGCUGGAACGCAGCGCUAGUAGCUUCAGUUACUCCUCUUACCAUACCCUGGAAGAGAUAUAUAGCUGGAUUGACAACUUUGUAACUGAGCAUUCAGAUAUUGUCUCAAAAAUUCGGAUUGGCCACAGCUUUGAAAAUCGCUCCAUUCUUGUCCUGAAGUUCAGCACGGGAGGUUUUCAGCGCCCAGCCAUCUGGAUCGACACUGGAAUUCACUCCCGGGAGUGGAUCACCCACGCCACUGGCGUCUGGACUGCCAAGAAGAUUGUCAGUGAAUACGGCAAAGACCACACACUGACCAAGAUACUGAAUUCCAUGGACAUUUUCAUGGAGAUCGUCUCCAACCCCGAUGGGUUCGCUUUUACCCACAGCAUGAACCGCUUGUGGCGGAAGAACAAGUCUACAAGAUCGGGGGUCUUCUGCAUCGGUGUGGAUCUUAACAGGAACUGGAAGUCAGGCUUUGGAGGAAAUGGCUCUACCAACAACCCCUGCUCCGAGACUUACCACGGACCCUCCCCUCAGUCGGAGCCAGAGGUGGCCGCCAUUGUGAAGUUCAUCACGACCCACGGGAACUUCAAGGCUCUCAUCUCCAUCCACAGCUACUCCCAGAUGAUCAUGUACCCUUACGGCCACUCCCUAGAGCCUGUUUCCAACCAGGAGGAGUUGUUCAAUCUUGCCAAGGAAGCAGCGCAGGCACUUCACGAGGUCCACGGAAUCGAGUAUGUUUAUGGCAGCAUCAGCACCACCCUCUAUGUGGCCAGCGGGAUCACUGUGGACUGGGCCUAUGACCACGGUAUCAAGUACUCCUUCAGCUUUGAGCUCCGGGACACUGGGCACUACGGCUUCCUGCUGCCCGCCUCCCAGAUCGUCCCCACUGCCCAGGAGACGUGGCUGGCACUUCUGACCAUCAUGGAGUACACCCUGAAACAUCCCUACUAG